AUGGAAAAGAACUUUAUCGAUUGGAUGAACAGCACUCUCAAUAUCACUGAGAAUGUUGGAUUCAGCAGAACAACUUCCAAUUUUGAUAGCAUGGAUGAAAUUGAAAAGAUAGAAUCUGAUGCAUCCGAUUCUACAACAUUGAAAGCAACUAUAGUGAAAUGGAUAAACCUUUUCUACGCCGAUGAAGAUGAAAAUCACAGCAAAAGACCCUUCAGCUACUUUUUACUAAAAUCCGAAGGAAUCGAAAUCGCAAUUGAUACAAUUAGCCACUGCCACAGAUUGCAAAUUGAAUUACAACAGGAUAAUUUGCUGUGUAGCCUGUUCGAAAAGUACCUACAUGGCACGACGCUCAUACACCAAAAGAUAGCUGAUAUAAUACUUGACAAUUCACUCAGUGAAAACACGGAUGAGUUUGAAAGGUAUUUGGGGGCCGUUAGAAGACUGAUAAACUGUCUAAAGCUGGACUACCAUGAGAUGGAAUUGAUGAAGGAAAGAGAAAUUAUAGCUGAUGAGAUAGCAUAUUUAAACGGCAAUUUAAACGAUACACAUGUCGUGCAAUUGCACACUAGGUUGAAAGAUAAUUUCGAAAGUACAUUUAAAAUAUCGCAGGAAAACCACGAAAUAGCCAUAUCAAAAUUGGACGAGUUGGAUACGAUUCUAAAAGAAUUAACCGAACAGGCCAAGACUUCUAUGAUGGGAGUUGAGGCUAAGAAAAAGGCACUGAAUGAAUACUAUAAGAAUAAGUGUCAGAUAGAAAUUGAAGAAAACAAUACUUACAAUGAUACUGUGAAAAGCAUGUUAACUCAACUGAAUGCCAUGGCAGAUGCACGGGAGAAACAUCAAGCUAGAUUGGAAACCUUACUAGUUGAAGUUAGGGAGUUGGAGAAGAAGAUAUUCGAGUUAGAUGAGCUCAAGACUCAGAUAAAAAAAUUCAUUUCAGAGACCGAUGAAUUGAUGCUGAAUAAGAAUGAGGCGAUAAUUAAGUUGGAAGAGGAAUUACAGGAGGAGUUGGCUGGCGAGUCUAUCCAAUACGUUAUAAACCAGACGUUGGAAGAGAACGCAUAUUCACUAACCCAAAUACUUUUGGACGCAAAGAGUUAUUUUGACACACAACAAGCGCCUACCAGAAAUGAGUCAUCAAAAACGCCUUGCCUGGCUGAAAAAGUCCUGGGUGACAUCAUGAAUUGCAAAUUUGAGAAUUCCAACACGAUUAUCUUGAUGGAGGACAAGGACGAGUUUAAGCAGGCAUUGCUUAUAGAAAUGAAACAGUACAAAAAGUACCUAAGGCAGUGCUCAUAA